ACAGCUCUGGCAAGGCAAGGAAAAGGAGUAAAACAGCUCCUCAAAACCCAAGGGAGACCUUGCCUAGUAUUUUUAAGGCAAAUAGAAGACGAAUAAAAUCUGAGCUAGCAACAGAGCUAAUUUCUUGAGCUAGGAAGCAAAUGAGCUGCGGCAAGAAGCAGAACAGCAGAAAACAGCAGAGAAUUAAUUACAAGUGAAGUAUCUCAGGUUAGAAUUGGAGUUAGAGGCGUUGGAGGGUGAAAGCAACAGUUUUCAGUGGGUAGUUUGCUUCCUUAACAUCCUUCAGCCCCACUGGGGCUGUGCCUAUGGCUCGGGGAUGAAAAGUUCGUGUGUCUGUAAAGAGAAAAAGACACACUGAAGGCGGAACAGAGCUACUUAAAAGAAAAAGAAAAAAAAAAAGACCAAAAAAAAAAAAAAAAAAAAAAUUGAUACUCCUCCUGACGCCGGCGAGCGCAGGCUGGCUGCGGCCGGGAGGGCACAGAUGCCAGCCAUCCCUGGGGUGUGAUGUGAAGGGGCACUGCCCAGCCCCCGUGUCGCCCCCGCCCUCCCUGCCCGCGGCGGCGCCGGGGGAUGCUCGGAUGCUCGCCCCCGGCUCGCCUGCCCGAGUCAGCUGCUGCUGGAUGUCAGAGCCCGCCCGGGCUCGGCGGGGCGGCAGCGGAACCGAGCGCAGCCGAGCCUCAGCCGCGGCUGCCGCCUCUGGGAGGGCUCCUUCCUCCUCCUCCUCCUCUUUUCCCGCUGGGGGAGCGGCGCAUCCCCCCGCGGAGCCGCCGGGGGAACUUGCCCAACUUUCUCCAUCGCUCGCUGCCAUGGCUCCCGGCAACUCCUCCCGCAACUUCUCGGUGCCGGAGGCUCGGAACGGCUCAGUAGCAGAGAAGCCAGCACCACACACCAACGUGAUCAUGCCCAGUCUCUUCAGCAUCAUCUGCUUCCUGGGCAUCAUGGGGAACCUCAUUGUGAUCUUCACUAUCGUCAAGAAGAAGAAGCUGAGGUGCAAGCAGACCGUGCCUGAUAUUUUCAUCUUCAACCUCUCCAUCGUGGACCUCCUCUUCCUCCUGGGCAUGCCCUUCCUCAUCCACCAGCUCUUAGGCAACGGCUCAUGGUACUUUGGAGCUCCCCUGUGCACCAUCAUCACCGCCCUGGACACGAACAGCCAGAUCACCAGCACCAACAUCCUCACAGUGAUGACGCUGGACCGAUACCUGGCCACCGUCUACCCCCUCAAGUCCACCUCCGUGCGGACGCCGUGCGUCGCGGCUCUCGUCAUCUGCCUGGUGUGGCUCCUGUCCUUCCUGACCAUCAUUCCCGUGUGGAUGUACGCGGGCCUCAUGCCCCUGGAGGACGGGACCGUGCGCUGCGCCCUCCUGCUGCCCAACCCAGAGACCGACAUCUACUGGUUCACCCUCUACCAGUUCAUGCUGGCCUUUGCUGUGCCCUUGGUCAUCAUCUGCGUGGUCUACUUCAAGAUCCUCCAGCACAUGGCCACCACCGUGGUGCCGCUGCCCCAGAGGAGCCUCCGGGUGCGCACCAAGAAGGUCACCCGAAUGGCAGUGGCCAUCUGUUCCGCCUUUUUUAUUUGCUGGGCUCCCUUCUACAUCCUCCAGCUGGUUCACCUGGGCAUCGACACCCCAUCCAUGGCCUUCCUUUACGCCUACAACUUCGCCAUCAGCUUGGGCUACGCCAACAGCUGCCUCAACCCCUUCCUCUACAUCGCCCUCAGCGAGACCUUCAAGCGCCAGUUCCUGGUGGCCAUCCGCCCCGCCAAAGAGCCCUGUCGCAACAGCAGCUCUGCCAACAACAACAGCAUGACAGAGGCCAGUGUGUGCCUGAAGCUGGCGUCAGAAUCCACCCAGCAGACGCAGUUUCAGGAGGACUUUUCCCCACGCUCGCUGCCGGUGACUGUGGCUGUUCACUAGGGCACUCUGAAGGGUGAUCCAGAAAGCCUCUGCAUCGGUGAUUUGAUGGGGGAGCAGCAGCUUCAGGCAAGUCUAGGAGAUGCCUAUGGACUACAGACUUCCACCUCCAAAAUGCAGGUGCCUGUCUUUUCCAUUACUCUGUUCCUGCACUGCUCCCAGCCUAUGAGAUUCUGUGUGCUGCCAUUUUUCACCUUGCACAGGAGGACUCUGCCAGCACUGGGCCCCCAAAGAGGAUGAAUGGAAGAGAGAGGAAAGGACAGAAAGAGGAUUUCCGGGGGGAAUAUUCACCCUACAAGAGUAAAACCUCUAUCAACACUGCCCAACCAUUCCUCAUCUCUUGGCCCAACCAGGGUUCCUAAGCAGCUUGUCAACACAGAGCUUCUUCAUUCAAGCUUGAACCUUUGAACCACAAUGUCUUUUUUUUUUUUUUUUUUUUUUGUAAGUAAUCUGUGUACUUUGCUGGCUGUGCUGAUAUUCUAGAAGCACAGAGCAAAGAGAUCUCGGGGACAGAAGUCUCACCUAGCCCUGUUGCUUGGCUUUUCAGUCCAGCCCCAUCUGCCUCCAGUGGGCUGUAUUGUUUGGCAACCAAAACACUUCAAGAGUUGGCUCAUUUUGAUGCUAAUCCCAAAUAUUUCAAGCAAAAUAAGACACAUAAUAAUCACACUGCUUCAAGGGACUCCAAAGAAUUCUCAAAAGUGCUGCUGCUAACACCAGCUUUGUGGUUUUUCAUGCCAAUGAACAGAUUUUCACAGUGCUAGUUCUUCAUGCUGCUCUUGUGCCUCACAGUCUGCACGGCCAUUGGGGAACCCCCGGCAGAGGGUUUUAAGCAGGACUAAAAAUCACAAUCUGUGGAGAGAGAAGCUGUGAGAAAGCAGCUCAGGGGAAGCAGAGUUGCUUAUGCAGCUUCCUCAAAAAUAACAAAUGCUUUACACUAAGUUAAAAGAGGGAAAAUUAAAUGUCUGUGUGUUGUAUAUGCAGCUUUAACAGUCGGAGGUUAGGAAGUAACUCUGCUCAUUAUAAAGUAGAGAAAAGACAGCAGAGAUCAGCUCAAAGCAGGGAUUACACCAACAGCCUGUGCUGGGCUCCACAGGGACCACGCAGGCAUUGUUCAGCACUUUGUCAGACAUGGAGGGACUGGUUACUGUAGAUGGAUUUAAUUUAAAGAAUUAAAAAGAUCAAACAGUCCAAAGGAAUUUGUUAUACCACACUUAGGGUUUCACAGCACCAGCCACCCACGAUAUGCUGAGAACAGAAUUUCACCCUUACUCAGCUCCAAAGCAAAACUGGUCACCUGCACAGGAUGUCCUAAGCCACACACACACACAGGUGUCCCUAAGGCAUCACAUCACACUUGUAAGUGCACUCAAGUACAGUCAAUAUUUCAGCCUACACCCUUAGAGAGCACACAGCC